AUGGCCCGCUUGUCGAUACUCCUGCCUCCAUGGAAAGGCAUUCUUUCGUUUCUUCUCUGGGCUACGGUCCCACUCACCAUCUUUUUUUGCGGGAACACAACAUUAGCAAAGCCGUUGGACAAUGUCUUUGUGGGCCAGAAAAUAAAUGUGUUGAUGGAAAGUCAGCAACUCCCUUUGGGUGGACAGCCAUUCACCAAUCCGCUGAGCGGUCUGAUUUCAAACGGCGGACCCCAGAAACCCCUCCCGGGUGAUCCCAGCCCUGUCAAAGGUACCUUGAAAUGGAUGCUCGAUGCCAUCAGUGUCAUGCAGUCGAAUUAUUUCGUUAUAUGGCAAGCGAAAUGGCCAUCGGCUAAUGACUGGACCGCCGCUGUCAUGGGAACGCAGGUUUCUGCAACACUUUCGGCACUCUCCUCAACCUUAGACCUGAUUCUCCGUCAUUCGCCUCCAUCCACAGCUGCGGGCGGCUGUGACAAUCCUGAUUCGCAGCCUCGUGAUGCAUUGGCAUACGAUAAUCUUAUAGAUUAUUACUUUCAACAAACCGCCACAUUCUGGUAUGGCGAGGACUUCUUCGGACUACGGCUACAGGCUUAUGACGAUAUGCUCUGGGUGGUGCUUGAAUGGCUGGAAAGUAUCAAAUUCCAGGACUUGCAUUCAGAGCUUCACUAUUCGUCGUACUCCAAAACCAAAGACACCCUGCUUAAAUUUUGGCAUGGGAGCCAGUUCGGAGUUCCAGCCGCGCAUAGAUCUCGUGUCUUUUACGAGCUUGCUUCGAAAGGAUGGGACACCAGCCUUUGCGCUGGCGGAAUGGUCUGGAGUCCAUGGCUGUCACCGUACAAGAAUGCAAUCACCAAUGAACUCUUCAUUUCCGCGAGCAUUGGGAUGUACCUUUACUUCCCUGGCGAUAUUAUCAGUGACCCCAUGUCGACCAAAACGACCUCUGGUGAUGAUUGGGUAUCCGUUCCGCGCAACCCCGUCCAUCUCGAAGCUGCCAUCACUGCAUAUAACUGGUUUAAAGACUCGAAUAUGAUUGGGCGAAAUGGGUUGUAUGCGGAUGGAUUCCACAUUCGUGGUUGGAGCGAGCACGAUCCCGGCACCGGCAACUGUGAUGUUUUGAAUACUAUGCUCUAUACCUAUAACCAAGGGGUCAUUCUUAGUGGACUGAGAGGCCUUUGGCUCGCCACUGGAUCCAUUGCCUACUUGGAUGAUGGUCACGAGCUUAUCGGUAAAGUUAUGAAGUCAACUGGUUGGCCUGAUAGACACGACUCUGAAUGGCAAGGGCUAGGAAGAGGAGGUGUCCUCGAAGAUGCGUGUGAUAGUUCAGGCACUUGCAGCCAGGAUAGCCAGACCUUCAAGGGCAUAUUCUUCUUGCAUUUCGCCGAAUUCUGUCGUCCGUUGAGGCCGCAGGAAGAACGCAUGCUUGAUGACUUCUUGUCUCGUGACCCUAACAAACCAAAGAGUGCCAAAGAUUGGGAAAGUGACUUUGACCUGCAUCAAAGAAAGUGUGCUGCUUAUCGGGACUGGAUUGAACAUAAUGCCAACGCUGCAUACAUGACCAAGGAUGACGAUGGCAAGUUUGGAUCCUGGUGGGGUAGGAGGUAUCCUGAUGGCAACCUCAAUCCUACAGAGACGUCCAUACUCCCAUAUGAUGCGGUUGAUCACCUAAAUUCCAACGUCACGAAAAGCGAAUUUGGAUUUCUGCAGCGACAAAGCUCAGCAGCUGGUGCAGCUGGGUCUCCUGGAGUUAGCACGCAGCAUUCCCUACACAAACACAAGACGAGGCAAGCCAACGAGCCCAUAAUGCUUGUGAAUGCGGAGAAGCAUGAUGUGAAUGAUCGUGGCCGCGGUCGAACAGUCGAGACCCAAGCUGGAGCAAUGGCUGUGUUCAGAGCUUUGUACCAGUGGGAAACAUCGCCUACCCUCUCGUUAAGGGAUUCUAGCGCUUAA